AUGCUGCUGAAUCUUGGCCUCACAGCGGAUGCCGCAGCAGCCCAUUCUACCGAUUCCACCUCUCCUCAACCUGAUACACCUUCAGCUCCCAGUUCUCCGUCCUGCUACGCCGCGGGCUUAUUACUCCCAGCUCUACCAUUUCUGGGAACUCUCUACAGCCCAAACACCAAACAAAUCGAUGGUCCUGUCCAGCCCGCGGAAUCUGCAUCCGCUCCGGCCAUGAGUCCCGUUGCGGUGACACCUCGUGAAGGCGAGUCCUCUCAAACCCCAACGCCACCACCGACUCUUGCCCAGCCUCGUGUCAGCUCGUAUACGAAUCGGAAGCCAACGCGGCCAAAGACCUCGUACCAGCUCGCCCACCCAGCCUCACAUGCACGUCACAAACGACUCAGACUGCGCCCCAGGCUAUUGCUUCAACUCCAGCAGGUGUCCCAAACACCGCGUCCUUUGCCCAUCCUAGAUAUUCUACCAUCCACGAUCUAUAACUCCCUUCUCGCGGGCAAGUUUCCCGCCUUGUUCCGUGGGCGAAAUGGGCUGGGCCCGAAUGACCUGGUUAUAGUCAUGAGCGAACUAUACGAACGCACUGUCUCAAUCAUCCCAGAAAAGGCGCCAAAGUCGGAGGCUGAAAAUCACGAUCACCGAGAAGUGGUAGCAACCAUCUGUCAGAUGCUCCAGGAGGAUGCGCACCUGAAAGGAAAGGCCGAAAUAUGCCUCAACUUCGGCCCCAUCUGGGAAGCAACUCCGCUGCCGAGCGGUUCUUAUGAGUUCGUCGCGCGCACGGAGAACGGUCUGCGAGUGAUGCGAUGGGCCUUGCGUGCUGGAAAAAGUCGCCGAUCUUCAUCGGUCCACCCAGUCACUCAGCCACGCGAAGAGGGUAAGCGGUUCACCUUUAGCGUCAUCGACCCCCAGACUCGUCGACACCCUGUCAUCGCCUCUAUGACCCGCAAUCAGUUAGAGAUCUUCGAUGAAUACUCUGCGGUAGCUCGAUCGAAUACUGGCCCGACGACCCCCACUUCCGCGAUGUCCGUCAUCAGUGACCUCUCUGACGCUGAGGCCCCUAUCGAACCCAACGACGUCGUCACUCUCGACGAUGGCCUGCGCACACUGAUUAUCACGACAAGCAUAUGGGUUGCCUUCCGGGAAGGCUGGUCCCCCAACUUCAGCUACCGCGACCCUUUGUCUAGCUCCAACGGCAAACCAAUUGUCUCCCCAACCUCAUCUCGAAAUGGCUCGCCGGCUGUCGCAAAGAACGAAAACAAAAAUACGAAUGAGCAGGAUGACUUAAGCCCAAUGAAGGAAGUUACCAGCAACGGCAAACGUUGUAUGUCCGUAUCCAGUUUCCGCCGGCCAAUCACCACAGCUCCGGCGGAAGGGGAUAAAUCCUUCGGCAGUCUAAACAAGCGCUCAAAUUCAACUGGUGCGGCGUUCAUGGAAAGAGCUAAGCAACGGACCGCCUCGGGGAUCACAACCCGACUCAACCGACAUAGUAUGUUCACUGCCACGGGCGAGAACGGUCGUGAAGUCGUCGUCUCUCGCCCCGCGUCCUUGCGCCAGAGUUCCUUCGACCCCGAUGAUACUAUCCAACGUCCCGACCGGUCCCAGACCAAAUCCAACCCUCGGGGCACCAACGAAAAUUCCAAGCCACCUCUUCAACCUGACCGGGCUACUCUCGAUCGUCACCCAGCAGCAUACCCCGCCUCAUGGCAGGAUCAUGGCAAGGACAUCGAUCCCGCAAAGACCAAACGACGCCACCGAUUCAGUUCUCUCUUUACGGUGUUUCACCGAAAAGGAACGGUCCAUUGA